AUGAGUUCCCACGGCCGUCAGAAGAAGCGCGAAUGUCGACUCAAUCUGCCCGACCUUCCUUGCAAGAUCUCGAACGAGCCGCCGGAAUUCAGCCCAAGGUCAAGUUGGGACCUCGUCCCUCUGUCGACUCUACUGGAAGGCCUCGUACUUCUGGGACGUCAAGGAACGCCGAUCAACGCCCCGUCGCCUCACUUCCCUCCGGCAUGCGCUCGUCUUCAUUACGAAGACCGAAUGUUGACGCCCCUCGUCCCCGAUCUCAAGGAAGCUCCUUUGCGUCCAAACCAAUUAGUCGAGCACCCCCGAUCCCCCCCGCUCUUGGUUCCUCCCCCGAACAUCCCAAUUUCCAGACCGCCAUUGUCACCUGGCGCCAAGUCGUUGGGCGCAUUGUCAACCUCCUCUGGGAUGACGCCAGAGAAAGAGCGCUUGAUGAAGGCCCUACAGCAAAGAAAGAAACAGAUGGCAAAACGAGCGGAAGCGACCAAGAAGAAGCAGAGUAUCGAAGAAGAUCAGGAAGCAGAAAUCGAUAAUGUAAACCCCAACGAAGAGAACAAGGAGAAUAUCAACCUGGUACCUGGACGUGAGGCACAGGGGCUGGAAACUGCGCGAGACGAUCAAGAAGAGAACCCAGUUGAGCUGACAGUGCCACCUCUUGAACCUGAGCCUCAAUCCGAGCCUCAGGAGGAAGAGAUGCUUUCCGCUGCAGUGUUCAGGCCAGAAGCCCCGGCUAUGGUAGACUUUGAGGGCAGACGUUCUGCAUUUCACAACGACCCUAGCGCCGAUAAUACGUUCCCUGUCGAGCACGGUGAGACUACCCUGGAUACUGUUCAGUCCCAAACGCUGCAGACGGUCUCUGAGGAUGAAACUCGCGCCGAGAAUACCGACUCCGCAAUUCCUGGCCAAAAUGAGACUAAGGGUGACCUAGUCCCACCUAGCGCCAAUCUCGAGGAUCCACUUGACAAGGAGUCGACAGAAACCUCAUCCCCGAACCUAGAACUCCAGAAUACUUCGCCUUCACAUCAACCUAUUGUUCCGUUGAUGGAGAACGAAUCAUUGGAUGCCCCAAUUGUAGUCACCGGUCCGGCAGAGGCCCCUGAGUCCACUCCUCGCCUAGACACGUCACCUGCAGGCGUUCCCCUUAACACUGAGAUCGAGCAGUCGGUUACUCCUGUCUUUGUUUCGAUUGACCCGGUCCCGACGGUUGAGGCUCUUCCUGAGGCACCAUCCGUCGAAAAGACUAACCCCAUCCCAUUGGACCAAAGAAGGAAGGUCCACCUGGAACCGAUUCAAGUUCACACUCCUGAGCACUCAGAAGACGACGACAAUCUAUCCGACGAUUCCUUUAUGGAAGAACUGAGAUCGGCUACUGUCCAGGAGGCCAGACCAGUCUCUGUCAAGACCCCCCGAUCUGUGUCAAGCUCGUAUACUGAAAACGGGCCCCCGACUCCAUUGCUUGUGGCCAAGAAGGUCAAUGUGUCUUCUGGCAUCUCGAGUCGUAUCAAAGCUUUGGAAAAGUUCCAGAGCCGGGAGGGCACUCCUCCAAGCGGCAACCACACUGUGACGGGGCCUUCCGCAUCCUCGUCUUUUGAUAGCCUUCGCAAGCGUGCAUCUGUCUCUUAUGGAAGCCCUGAGAGCUAUUCCCGUGCACCAAGCUUAAACCGACAAGACUCGCAUUCAAGCCCAAACGUGCGCCGCACCAGCAUCUCGGUAACGGCUCGCAUUGUCCGUGAAAACGGUGCUUCUCCUGGAUCUAAUGGUGUCGAGCCCACCGAGACCGACGUUCUUGGUCUCCAGGCUAGUCCCUUGACCGUGCAGCACGGCUCAAGCCAAGAGCCCUUACCUUCCAGUGAACCGGCGGAGUCUAUUCCUCAGUCAGAGGACCGCAGCACGUCCAUUUCAUCUGCCGGGUCAAACAUGCGGCCAUCCUCAGCGUCUCGCCCUGUAGGCCGCCCCUCGCUAUCCUCGCGCCCCAAGACCGAUGACAACCUUCAUGCGACCUCGCCUACUACCGAAGAGAAGAAGGCAUCCCGUGCCUCGCGUAUCAUGCGUCGCAUGUCUUCUAUGACAACCACUUCCCGUCGCAGCAUUAUUGGCGCUCUCAGCCCGCCAGCGAAAGAGCAAGACAUCAGUCCGAUGAAUACUAGGACGGUCUCGGCAUCUUCGUCCCGUACUCAUGUCUCGGAGCCUAUUGACAUCGGCGAAGUCAACGUGCAAUUCCCCGAUACUCUCCUUUGGAAGCGCCGGUUCAUGCGGAUCGACGAGAACGGAUACGUAGUUCUCACGCCCGCUACCAAUGAUGCAAGUGCUCGCAACAUGACCAAGCGGUACCAUCUUACCGAGUUUCGAACCCCUUGUCUGCCCGACGAGGACAUGCAGGAAUUGCCUAACAGCAUUCUUCUGGACUUUUCGGAUGGCAGUACCCUCCAGUGCGCAUGUGAGACGCGGCAGGGACAAUCGUCUGCCCUUCAGACUCUUAUUGAUGCUCACAGCGCACACCAGCAAUGA